AAGGCUGGAGACCCCUGGGGACCCCUGGGGACACCUGGCCAUACUGGGGGGACCAGGACCGAGCUUGGGGACUCCUGGGGCACGCUGAGGACCCUGGUGGGACCAGGACUAAGGUGAGAACCUCGGGCCAUCGCAGUGGGAACAAGACUGGGCUUGGGAACGCCUGGGGACACCUGAACAUCCCAGGAGGACCAGGAUCAAGCUUGGGGACCCUCCCCACACCCAGGUGUUGGGGGGAGCCCUUCUGUCCCCCCCUCCCCAAAUCCCCCAGAGCCCCGGUAAUCGGCUCGGCCCGGCUCAGGGGGCCGAUUAGGCGCUGAGCCCGGUUUAGCCCACCCUAAUCCCCAAGUUUGGCCAGGCUGAGCCCUGAUCCCCCCUAAGCAGCUUUGGGGGCGCAGGGUAUAUCAGGGGGGCGGGCGCCCCCCCCCCGCCAUCGCCGCCAUGGACGAGGACGAGUUCUACCUGUUCAAGAACCUGUCGACGGUGGGGCCCUGGGAUGGGCCCCAGUACCACAUCGCGCCCAUGUGGACCUUCUACCUGCAGACCAUCUUCAUGGGCUUGGUGUUCGUGGCGGGCACCCCCCUGAACGCCAUCGUCCUCAUCGUCACCGUCAAGUACAAGAAGCUGCGGCAGCCGCUCAACUACAUCCUGGUGAACAUCUCCGUCAGCGGCCUCAUGAUGUGCAUCUUCUGCAUCUUCACCGUCUUCGUCUCCAGCUCCCAGGGAUACUUCGUCUUCGGGAAGCACAUGUGUGCCUUUGAGGGCUUUGCAGGGGCCACCGGAGGGAUGGUGACAGGGUGGUCCUUGGCCUUCCUGGCCUUCGAGCGCUACAUCGUCAUCUGCAAACCCUUCGGCAACUUCCGCUUCAACUCCCGCCACGCGCUGCUGGUGGUGGCGGCCACCUGGAUCAUCGGCGUCAGCGUCGCCAUCCCCCCCUUCUUUGGCUGGAGCAGGUACGUCCCCGAGGGGCUGCAGUGCUCCUGCGGCCCUGACUGGUACACGGUGGGCACCAAGUACAAGAGCGAGUACUACACCUGGUUCCUCUUCGUCUUCUGCUUCAUCAUCCCCCUCUCCCUCAUCAUCUUCUCCUACUCCCAGCUGCUCAGCGCCCUGCGGGCCGUGGCAGCGCAGCAGCAGGAGUCGGCCACGACGCAGAAGGCAGAGCGGGAGGUGUCGCGCAUGGUGGUGGUGAUGGUUGGGUCCUUCUGCCUGUGCUACGUCCCCUACGCGGCCCUGGCCAUGUACAUGGUGAACAACCGCGAGCACGGCAUUGACCUGCGCCUCGUCACCGUCCCUGCCUUCUUCUCCAAGAGCUCCUGCGUCUACAACCCCAUCAUCUACUGCUUCAUGAACAAACAGUUCCGCGCCUGCAUCAUGGAGACGGUGUGCGGGCGGCCCAUGUCAGACGACUCCGAUGUGUCCAGCUCGGCCCAGCGCACCGAGGUCUCCUCUGUGUCCUCCAGCCAGGUCGGCCCCAGCUGAGGGGCUCUGGCACCGCCCCAGCCCCCAGGACCCCCGGCUGCCCCCAGCUGCCCCCACCGAGGGGGCGGCCCUGCCCUGGGGGCGCGGGGGCCCCGGCCAGCCUAGGAUGUAGCGCGGGUGGGACAAUAAACCAUGGCCGCGGUCUGAGCGCAACGGGACCCACUGAGCACCUGGGACCCACGGCAGCAGGGGGAGAACGGGGGAGCCUGGGGCUGGCCGUGCCCAUGGCUGGGUGGGAUGGGGGUCCCAGGGGUAGCUGUGCCCUACUGCAGGGUGGGACAGGUCCUGGGAAUGGCUGUGCCCCAUGGCAGGGAGAGAGGGUGGGUCUUGGGGAAAAGUGUGCCCCACAGUGGGGCAGGAUGGGGUCCUGGAGGUGGCUGUGCUCCACGGUGAUGCCAUGAUGGGACUCUGCUCCCUCGUCCCCCUUAGGCCUCACACGCACGGAGGGCAGGGAGGUGGCAUCCUGCUACCCAUCUCCACCUGUGGGGCUGCGGUGGGGCCUACGGUCCCCCAUCCAUGGGGCUAAGCUCCCCACCCAUGGGGCUGGGGCUGUGACCCCCAUCUGCAGGGUGGGGGUGGGACUGAGCCCCCCCAUCUAUGGGGCUGGAUUCCUUC